AUGAUUCUGGCAAUUGUUCUGGUCAAGCAAUGUGAUCUAUCUCUGUUUGGUACAACGUUGGAAGCGAAACGAUGGCAAUGGUCCCGGAUGCUUGACCCAUGGGAAGACAGUUGGCAGUAUGCCCCCACUCCUGGUAACUUCGGCUCCCUGGAUGGUGCUACGAAUGAGAAGAAGGUGGCGAAUACUAGUAUGAGGAGCCUCCGCAAUAUGUCUGCUACACAAUCGAAUGGAAGCUUAUAG